UCUACAAUUGGCCACAGAGACUACCUCCCAUUUACUCCUUGCGUUAUUUUCUGCACAGACACGUCACAGGUACUGACUGAACAUAAAAAUCUAUCAAAAUUUCAAUACGUAAUCAGGAAAUUACUGAUAUUGUUGGCGUGCCUUUAACUGCAUCUCUAUCAACUCGGUACAGAAAAUUUCCAGCCUCUGUGACGUUUUCCAUGAUGAUGAUAUUCUAUGUGACAAUGGCAGCAAUUAUGACAAUCUCAGUAUCAGCGGAUCAAUGGGGUCCAGAAACGAUCUAUUUCGAAGAAAAGGCGACAGACAUUUGUUCCUCGUGGAUGCCGUGUGGCUGGUAUACAUACAAAACCACUGACUAUUACUCUGAAAAGCAAUACAAAGGCCCCUGCGAGUGUCCAGAUAACACAGUGUGUAAGCAAUAUCGACAUAACCUUUUCAUAUCUGCAUAUGAAUAUCGCUGUAGCCCUCUCAAAAAUGAGGUAGAUUCUGCUUUCCAAGAAGAAUCGAAAAACAACAUUGGCCAUGAGGAUGACUCAACUCCACAGGACGCAGUGGUAGAGCUCAUGAGUAAUGUGGAAGAGCUCGUCUUAAAAAUGAAACAGCUCAGCACAGUAGUACAGCAGUUCAUUUCAGUUAUUAAAGAGGCAGAAAUCUUUUUGUAAAGAAGCGUCUUCUCAUGUAUAUGAAAAUUUCUCAUUGAAUAAAGUUGCUUUAUCACAUUUUUUAAA